AUGGAGUACGGAGUUGUCCCUGGAUCAGAGUCCUCUUUUGUCAAGUAUGUAGGAACUAGACAUCUGGAGCAAGUUCGAGACAACGACUCUCAAGACGAUGCACUUGUAAUUCCCCCCGACGCACACAAGCUCCACAAUGAAGCCCCAGCACAUAUCUCCAGUUGGACCCGUUGGCAUCGCAAGUUGAGGCCGAUCCAGGCCUUUAGGGUGGAUAAUUCUUUUGGCACCACAGAUUGCUCACCGCUGCAGCGUAGGCCAUCCAUUACGCUGUCCGUCGACAUUUGGUCCCAUUGCAAAUCAGAAGCUAGUUGCAUCGUGAGUUUGUCUGAAAAAGCUGGUUCGCUGCUCCCUGCGGCACCCCGGCCUUCCGCAACAGGUGUCCACGCCCGUCGGAGCCGUACCGGAGGCACUGAAUCUAGGAAUUUCGACGGCGAUCUUGUCUGCGCCGUCAUGGGACAAUUGGGCAUAAUCAGCAACCAGGCAUUGUGGCGGGUGACCGCGAUCGUCGGAAGUGACCUCGUCGUGCUGUUCAACGCCAUGGGCUCCGACAGCAGCAGUUCCUAG